AUGCCUCGCACUGGGACACUGCGACGCACUGGACUGCCACACACUGUGUCUCACUGCCACACACUGUGUCUCACUGCCACACACUGUGUCUCACUGCCACACACUGUGCCGCACUGCCACACACUAACACCCGGCCGCCUGCCGCAGGCGCCGGCCCGCGGCGCGGCGCUGCGCGGCUGGCGCGAGGCGUGCGCAUGCGCCCUGGCCGCGGCCGCCGCCGCCCGCGCCGGCGUCGUCGCCCGCGCGCUGCAGCACCACGCGCCGCUCAACGCCUACCUCGCGCUGUUGAGCGCGGGCGUGGCGGUUGCGUGGCGGGCGGGCUUCGGCGCCGACCGGGCGUUGUGGCUGCGCGGCGAGUCGGCGCCGACCGAGCUGGCGGCACUGGCCGCGCUGCUGCCGACGCUGCUGCGCGCCGCCGACGAAGACUGGCCGGCGCACGAAGCGGCGAGCCUGGAGCGGGCGAUCGGGCGAGUGGACCGCGUGUGCGGCGCGGCGGGGGGGGCGCUGCUGGGGGCGCUGCGCCUGGAGGCGGCUGCCAGGGCGGCGGCCGAGCCCGCGCAUGCGCUCACACGCCUGCUGGCGCGGGCGCCGCACUACAAGUGGGCGCUGCUGCGCGGCGCGGCGCUGUGCGCGGCGGGGGCGGAGGCGCCGGAGCUGGCGCUGCAGCGGCGGCUGCGGCUGCACGCGCUGCCCGACGAGCUGCAGCCGCUGCCCGCCGAGGGCCGCCACGACGUCUGCGACGACUACGACGCCAUCGCCGACGUACCACACCAAUAAAUAUCAAAUUAUCAAUAAAUAUUAUUAUGUUGGUAUUACA